AAAUUGAGACUUGGAUAGCAAGUUCACAACGUGUUGUUGUGGUGGUUAAGAACCCGACCCACUUGUGAAGGUUUUUUCAGGCAACAAGACAGGACCCCCGAAAUAAGCCCGACCUUGUGCCCGCCUGAUCAGCUCAGGUCCUGUUGCUUUAGAUGUCCCAGGGACCCAUUGGAUCCCUGAGCCGUAACCCGUCCAGUCUGACUCCCACGGCCAAAAAAGUUCAGAUGUUGCCUUUAAAGACACUCCAGAAGCUUGAGAAGGAGCCGGAUAGCGGGAUCUGGAAAUGUCGUCAGACGUUGCAUGUGGCUUUGCAUCCGCGAUAUCUGCACAAUCUCCAAUUGGGACUGGUCACCUACUUCAAUCAAAAGAUCAACAUCUUUGAUGCCAGGGCAAAAUCUUCCUCCGCAGUCCCAAGGGCGACAUCAUGAACGAAGAGGCUCACAUUCACGUGGACGUGGUCUCGGACUUCUGGGUGUUUCGUCCCGUGUUGGGGGCUCAGCUCAAGGGCGUGGUCAACAAGAAAAGUCCCACCCACGUGUCGUGCCUCGUGCACGGCUGCUUCAAUGUGCCUUGUUAUCGACCGCCUGAGACGCCGGAUUGGUGCGGCUCCACGGCCAAACUUGAUCAAGUAGUGCGGCUCACCGUCCAAAAAGUGGACCUCUCCCAAAAGAUCCCCUUCAUCAUGGGCACCUUGCAGAGCGAGAGCGUGGCCGAACACAUCAUGAACGACGGGUCUAUCUUCAGCCAAGUGGAGGAGGUGCCCAGUUCCACGUUCAAGGCUAUCAAGAGGAGCACGAGUGACUUAGAGUACGAUUCGGGUAUCGACAGUUUGAGUAAGAAGAGGAAACGAAAGCUCCUCGAAGAGACUGUGCCUGAAACGGAAGUGCCCGAGGCCGAAGAAGCACCCUCGGUCAAUGACGAAACCAUCCUUGCGAGUGCACCGAGCCCACCCAAGAAAAGGCGGAAGAAGGCCAAGAAGAGCAAGGGGUUGGAGACCAAGAGUGAAGAGGUGGAAGAGCCUGAAGUGGACAAAGAGGUGGAGGUGAAGAUGGAGGCUAUGCAAAACUCGUUGUUAGAGGCCAUUUCGAGCAAGAUCAAACCGAAAAAGAAGAAGAAAUCCAAAGAAUCCGCCGACUAAAACAGCUCCUUGGGAUGAAUCCGGCCCGCGAGCGAUCUCGAUUAUUUUUUUUUGGAAA